GUAGAUGUCACUGUUCACAGGAAUAUACAGUAAAUGGCAUAAAUACAAUUUUCAAUCGAAGAAGGCGGUAAACAUCAAUACGUAAAAUCGGUUUUUUUAUAAAAAUGUUUUUAUAUAAGAAGAAAUAAUAUUGUAAAAAAAUAUAUUUAUCGAUUUGUAUUUAGAUUAUUACACAUUUGUUAUUGUCAGCGGAAAGUUCCAAGAAACGUUUUCAAUGUAAUAGAAAAACCAGGUUAUACAGAGGAUUAGAAGACCUCUAAAUAUUUUUUUUAAAAAUGAGCGCAAAUGACAAUUGUCAAUUUAUAUUGGAACGUAUUAACGUUCCAGAUAUAAUUGUACUUGAUCAACCAGACCAUACGUACACUUGUGGUAGAGCCAAGGAAAACCAAAUAGUAUGCCUUAGCUUAACAGUAUCUAGGCGUCAUUGCAUUUUUUUCCGUAGUAAAAAUGAAUUGUAUGUUACAGAUUUAAAGAGCGCGAAUGGCUUAUACAUAAAUGGUAUUGCCCAAGAGCCAUUUCAAACAACUAAAUUACAUUCAAAUGAUAUCAUUGGCAUUGGUUGUCCCACUGUUGUAGACAAUAAUACAUAUGCAUAUAAAUUGCGGGCAGUUGGAGUAAGACCUCAACCUGUGGAAAAUAGUCACAGUGCCAGUGCACUUUCAGAAACUGUAUUAAAUAAUGAAAAUAUAUGUAAUGAUAAAUCAGCAAUCGACGAUGUACAUAAAAGUACGAAACGUAAAAGAGAAACAAACUCCAGUCUGAAUAUUUCACCAAGUAAAAUUCCCAGAUUGGGAAGUGGAAAUUGUAUCUUAGAAAAGAACUCUUUGGAAGAAAAAAAUGAAAAUGAUAUUGAAAUAAUUCAUGUUUCACUGAAUAAUAACUCAUCACACAAAGAAACUAAGAGUUGUGAUAAUUUCACAGAGAUAAUUGAAUUAGAUGAUAAAUUAAAUGAGAAAAAACAUACAGAUGUUGAUAUACUUAAAUCUAGCAAUACAACAAACAAUAUGAGAAUCGAGUCUUCAAUGGACAAUGAAAUAAUAAAUUGUGAAGAUCUCGAAUUAGAUACAGCAAUGUUUACCACUAAGAAAAAUAUCAAAGAAAAAGAAAUUUUUCCUACUUGUAAGAAAUUGAAUACCAAUACAUUACAGAAGCUUGAAAAUGACACAGAAAAUAAUUUGUUACAUACCAAAAAUGUACAGAACACAGUAAAUAAUUCUCACGAUAUUGAAUGUGAAAAUACAAUGAAAGACAGUAGUAUAAGAGUAAAAGCUCAUUUAGAAAGUAUGAAUUGCAACUCAAACUGCAGUACAGAAAAUAUUAGUGAAACAAAUAAUGAUAUGAAUGAGAUUGAAAACCCAAAUACAGUCAUUACAGGCACUGUUGAAAAUAACAAAGGAGGAAAUGUAUUACCACUUUCCUCAAAUUUUAUACGUAAUGAGAAUGGCAUGAUAAAAUUAGAAGAUGAAUUGCAAUUAACUGAUACUGAUGAAGAUGCUAUUUUAAAUUCCUUCAGUACAAAUUUCAUCCCACAUAUGUCUCCGAUAAAAUUAAAAAAAGUAAAACAAGAACCAAAAACAAAAUUUUCAGAGGACGAUGUUGUAAAUUUAAGCGAUAGUGAGGAUGAUAUUUUUCCGUGUUCUCAAUUGUUUGAUAUUGGCUAUGGUGCGAAUACGUCCAUCAAAAAUGAGGUAAAAAAAGAACCUGCAGAAGUAGAAAAUGAAAGAUUUUGUUUAGUUGAUGAUGCGGAUUUAGUUAUUUCACUAACAGAUAGCGAAGAUGAAGAUAAUAAUUGGUUGCACAGAUUAUCCCGUAGUCAAAUACUUAACGAAAGCGACGAGAUUGCUCUUGAAAAUAGGGAUGACAUAAAAGAUAAAGAUAAAAAUAUAAAUGUAAAUGUUGAUAUUGAUGAACUAAUUACAAGUGAUAUUAAAUUAAUCAACAAUAGGAAAGUUAUCAUAGAUGAAGAAAAAGAAAUAGGAAAAUCUGUGAACAAAGGUGCAAACACAUUACAAGGUGUAACAGAAUCAGAAGCUGGUACACAUAUAAUGGAAGUCGAUUUUGAUGAUUUACUUGAAAAACACACGAUCACUAAUAUCCGUGCCAAAAAUCAUUCUGAACUUCCAAAGAAUCAGAAAAGAGUGCCGAAAGAAAUAGAAAAUUUUGCUGAUAUUUCAAGUAAAAGUAGAGCAGAAAUCACUACACUUUCCAAAAGAAAAAAAUUAGUUGAAAAAAAAAUAGUUCAGAUUGACCCUUCACCUUUACCUACUACCAAAAAACGAAGGAAUGCUUCUAAUAAAGUUAAACAAAUUCCUGAAAAAUCUGAUAAGUCCAAAAAAUCUGAUAAAUCUGAAAAAUCUGGUAAGUCCGAAAAAUCUUCGAAAUCGAAAGAAAAGAAGGAGCAGCAAGAAAAGUCGAAGUUAGAGCAAUAUUUGCAUACGAAAGAGGAAAAAAGUCGUAAAGUACUUGAUAAACGGGCUAGUUGUCUUUCUCCUAAUAAGAAGAAAUUAAGUACUCUUUCAAAGGAGGAGAAAAAGGCAUUAGCAGAUGAUAGAAAGAUAAAAUUGAAAAAACUUGCGGAGGAAAAGAGACCAUCUUUGGAAAGUAACCAAGAAAAAAAACGUAUUGUUUCAAAACCAAAAGCGAAAGUAACGACGAAAAGUCGAAAUGAUUUUCUCGUCGAGGAAACAAUUUCUGCAUGUAAACAAGGAAUUACAAUAGAGAAAUCUAAAGCUUCGUCUAGUCAAUCUGCAACGGCAAAUGCAAAAAUGACUGAUUCAGCAAAACACAAAAUUGCUUCCAAAGAAAUAGCAACGUAUUUACAGCAUAAAUUAACUCUUAAUGAUAUUUCAAAUAUAGGAAAAAUUCCUAAAAAGUCUAAUACUAAGCAAAGAGUAAAUACUACAGAAGCAGAAACAGCAUUAAAAGAUCUUUCAUUAGAAAAACAAACAGAAAAGAAAAUUGAGUCCGAAAAGAAAGUAAAGAGUAAAUCAGGUACAGAAUCUUGUAAGCCAAUUGAAAAGAAAUCUUCUACGCCAUUUAAAUCAGAUUUGAAAUUACCGGUUGCAAAAUUGAGGAAACGAGUGUCUUUUUCUGCAACAAUUCAAACUGUAUAUGAAUAUCAAAUUGAUGAAUUAAAUGUUCUAAAAAAACUAACAGGAAAAGACGCUCCUAUACCUCGAGAAAAGGUGGUUCCUGUGAAAAAGCCUAGUAAUACUGCAGAAUCUAAUGCAAAAUGGAACCAAUUUUUGUGGCGUAUUUUAAACUGGAAACCUGUAUGGUUGGAAGAACAGCAAUAUUUGAAUCAAGAUCCACCUGUCAUUGAACCUCAGGAACUUCAUGUGACCUUAACUCAUUAUAGAUCGUAUGACGAGUAUUAUAAUAUUACAAGUCCACUUUUAUUGCUGGAAAUUUGGCACGAAAUCACUAAAAAAUUUCAGAAUAUAGAACAUAUUUACAAACGACCCACAUUCAUGUAUUCCAUAGUCGAGAACUCUAUUCAGACAUACACGGCGUCAAAUGUAUUUCUUACAACAUUGAUGCUCGAGGUAUUAGCCACGAAAGACGAUAUACGAAGACAUAUCCAUCCUAUGUAUGGGGAUCUUGUAUUUUUUGAGUAUGUUGAAAAUCAUGAGAACUCACAAAAAUCAAAAAAAUUUCAUAAGAUAUUCGCAUAUGUUACCAAUGUAUAUACAACAGAAUUAACGCCGUUGACGCGUUUUAAUAAAGAUUUACAAAAUUAUGUAAAAAAUGCUCAUUCAUUGUUAACUUAUACUGUGAUAACAAAAGGUCUCGAUAAAAACAUUCUAGUGAAUAGAGUUCAGCGAUUAAGAGCUGUGAUCUAUUUACGUAGCAAUUUACGAAUGGUACAAGCACUGCAGUUUCUUCCUAAAUCGCCAUUGGCAGAUCUAAUCUUAAAUCCAAGACUCGAGAUGUAUAAGUUGCCAGUUGUAUCUGAAUUUGAGACAUUGAUUACUGGAGAUAAAUUGAAUGAGAAACAGAUGGAAGCUGUACAUAAAAUAACCAAAGCAGUAAUUCAAAGGGAUACCAAAUUGUGUUUUAUUCAGGGACCACCUGGUACUGGUAAAUCAAAAGUUAUUGUGAAUAUAGUUUCUCAAAUAUUGUAUGGAAAUAACAGAUAUACAAAUAGUGGAAAUUCCUUGAAGAUAUUGGUAUGUGCUCCAUCGAAUGCUGCCGUUGAUGAAAUCGUCCUUAGACUGUUAAACAUCAGGACCAUAAUAAAAGAGAACUCAAAAACAAAGCCAUUUAAAAUGGUUCGUAUUGGACAAUCAGAAAUGAUGCAUCCAAAAGUAAAAAAUAUUUCUGUUACUGAAUUAGCAAAACGGGAGAUUAAAAAAAACAGUUCGAACACUGUUUGUUCUGAUAGUACAGAAAAUGAAAAAUUAUUUAUACAAUCUAAAAUGAACGCCAUUCAAUGUGAGCUGAACAAUUCUUCUAACUUAGAUGAAGCUUAUAAAGAGCAUCUCAGGAUGAAGUUGGCAGAUUUGGCUGUGAAAGAGGAAUUACUAAAGAGUCGUAUAUCAUUAAAUGACGCAAAUAAACAGAACAUUAAAUUACAGCGCGAAAUGGAAUACAAAAUUCUUGAUUUCGCAGACAUAAUAACUUGCACUCUCUCAUCCUGUUAUGUUGGUCAAAUGGAGUCUAUUUUUGGUAUCAAUAAGAAAAGGAUAUCUGUGUGCAUCGUGGAUGAAGCUACCCAAAGUUGUGAGGCAGAAACCUUGAUACCAUUGAUGUUAGGAAUUAAUAUAUUGAUUUUAGUUGGUGAUUCUAAUCAAUUACCUGCUACUAUUUUGAGUACGCAGGCAAAGAAAUAUGGAUUAGAUCAGUCUAUUUUUUCCCGUGUGCAAAAUGCCUUUGAUUUGGAACAGAAUAAUCCUAUAAUCAUGUUGGAUACUCAAUAUCGAAUGCAACAUGAUAUUUCAUCUUGGCCAAAUAAAUUCUUUUAUGGCGGUAAAAUAAAAGAUGCUGUAGAAUACAGUGAUAAAUUUCCAUUUUAUCCAUAUCGAAUUUUAAAUUUGUACACGAAUCAGAAUGAUGAUAACUCGAAUGAUGAAGAAGCGGAUUUCAUAGCCAAUAUUUUUUAUUGUAUGCUAAACUUUGCCAAUUUGGAUAAUUGGGAAUCUGGCAUUUCGUAUGGUAUUCUUACGCCGUAUAAUAAUCAAAAAUCUAUAAUACAGACAAAAACUAAUCAAAUAUUAUUUUCAUUGCCAAACAAUGUUAGGAAAAAAGUAAGACUCGAAGUGAAUACUGUAGAUAGUUUUCAAGGUCAAGAAUGUGAUGUGAUAAUUAUAUCGUGCGUAAGAAGUCACAAAAUUGGUUUUUUAUCAGAUAGGCAAAGACUUUGUGUUGCACUUACAAGAGCAAAACAGAGUCUGAUAAUAUGUGGUAACUUUAACGCCUUCAUGAAGUAUCCAAUGUGGAAUUCAUUAAUAGCUGAUGCAAAAUCGCGCAAAGUAUUUUUUAAUGUUAAACCUAACGCGAAUUCUCAUGAAAUCCAAUCAUAUAUUAUUAAGCCUAUGACAAAGAAAUGAUUGUUUACACAGAUAAUCUUAUUGUUAAUAGUCUUGUACAUUUGUAUAAAUCUUGUCAUUAUCGUUAUCAUCCUUACGUGUCUCUAAGUGCUAUAGAUUUAUAUUUCGUUUUCUACGAUAUUGCCUUUGCAAAUAAUAAAUUUUUUUAAAUUAACUAUAAUGCUCUGAAUAGAAUAAAAUGAAAGGAAAAAAAUACCCAUUAAGUUUCAUUAAAAAGUAUUUACGUGUGCAGAAAGUGUGAAGGUUAGAGUUAGGUCUAUUGAAUUUAACCUUUCCAAACAUUGCUAAAAUUAUUAUUUUCUAAUUCCUUUUUAGAAUAUCAUUACGUUUAUAGUAAUGAUAUCCUAAUUAUAAAUUAAAAAAUAAUAAUCAUGUGGUUUCGUUGUAUGAGACUAUUAUUUUUUAUAUAUUAUACUGAAUAAUAAUUUGGAAUAAUAUUGUAUAAAAAUAAACCAAACUAUAAUUUUAAUCAUUUUAAGUAUAUAACAUAGAUAUAUCUUUUUAUGUAUUUAUGUUAAGACUCUGC